AGUAGUAGCCGAGCUCCGAUUGCGUCGAUAGGAGGCGGGGUGCGAAGGGCCCGGCGGGAUGUUUGAAACGGACGGCGGAAGAGCCGGAGUCUGGGCUGAGGCAGGUGGGCGGGGCUAGGGUCCCGCGAGCUGCUGGGAGGGGGAGCCGUCGUUAUGGCGACCAAACGGUUGGCCAGGCAGCUCGGUGUUCUUCGAAGAAGUUCCAAAUCACCCGGUGAUCAGAAGCACAGUGGACCCAAACUGAGGCAGGAGUUUGACUACUUAAUCGUCAUUGAUUUUGAGUCUACAUGCUGGAGAGAUGGCAGAAAACAUUACAGUCAAGAAAUAAUUGAAUUCCCAGCAGUUCUAUUAAACACUUCAAAUGGAGAGAUAGAAUCUGAAUUCCACAUAUAUGUCCAACCUCAGGAACAUCCAAUUCUUUCUGAAUUUUGCACUGAGCUAACAGGCAUCACACAGAAUCAAGUUGAUGAAGGAGUCCCUCUGCCUAUAUGCCUGUCUCAGUUUUCUAGAUGGAUUCAAAAGAUACAAAAGGAGAAGAAAAUUGUUUUUGAUUCAGUUCAUUCAAACGCUGCUGCCUCUGAAGGAAAAUUAUGUGCCUUUGUUACCUGGUCAGAUUGGGAUCUGGGGGUUUGCUUGCAGUAUGAAUGCAAAAGGAAACAGUUGCGAAAACCAGAUAUUUUAAAUUCCUGGAUUGACCUCAGAGCAACUUACAAGCUGUUUUACUCAAGAAAGCCCCAAGGAUUGGUGAGUGUUGUUUUUGUUAUACGUGGACAUUUACAACCAUUCAAUCCCUGGUUUUCCAAAGGGCUGGAUGAUGCUCGGAACACGGCUUGCCUUGCCUGGCGGAUGAUCUGUGAUGGAUGUGUGAUGAAAAAAACUAAGUCUUUGGAUAAGGCAACACCAGCAAAGAACUCUAUUGCCAGAUUUUUGAGUGCAAAGCCUACUGAGGGCAGCCCAUUGGGAAACAACGAUGAUGCAAAAACAUCAGAUUUGGACAGAAACAGGGACCAUGAAGGUACUGCAAUGAUUAAAAAUGACACAGGAGAAGAGCAACAGGAGUAUGAGCCUGUGUGUUUGUAUGGAAGCAUCCCCAUUACAUCAAGAAAGCAGUCAAAACCCAAUGGCUGCAGUUUUUUGACUCCACUCGCAGGCAGACUUGGUUCCCCUAUUGGCUGUCUUCCUCCACCAUCUUUUGGCAUCCAGAGUGGACUAAGCAAUGGCUAUCUGAUGGCUGAUUCCCCAACACAGAAUGCGGGGCUGGUGCUGGUUUCGACUACGCUUUCCUCUGUCAGUGUUUCUGAUGUGGAUGUUGGUACUACUUCUGAUUGUUUAUCAGUGUUGGCUGACUGGGAGGAUUUUGCAUUGAUACCAGAAUCUCAGCCCGAUCAGGGUUCAGAAUGCCUACAGUUCAAGGAUGACUCAGACAUUAAGAGUUCACCAGUCUCCGGAGAGGGGACGGAUGCUAGUGAGUCAGACAUGACAAAUUUGCAGUAUGAAAGUGUUGUUGAAGUGACUGUGAACGAGGAGCUCUCCAAGUCUGUUGAAAGCCCAAACGCUACGAUUUAUCAUAAAGGCAUAGCUCCAAGUAACUCUUCAGGCGCUUCCAUUUUUAAACUCCCUGCUGCAAGGACGAAGACAGGUUCCCCGACAUCAAACGGAGAUCGCCUUGUGUCCUCUUCUUCUGAAGCUUCAAAGAGGAAGCCUUCCAGUCCACAGCCCAUUCCUCCAGCAAAAAAGCCACCCUUUAUCGUAUAUGAGGAUAAAGGCACAUCAUCUGCUAAUUCUUUCAGAAACUCAGGAUCGUAUCAAGUGCCCUGUGGCAUUUUAAACUCUUCCAUCAACCAAAAACGACCUUUCAGGUGCACAGAAACAGGGAAAGUGACCCCUCCUUUAUGCAAAUGUGGUCGGAGAGCUCGAAGGCUCCAAGUCUCCAAGGGCGGUCCCAAUCACGGCAAAGUGUUCUACAGCUGCCCGGUGGGAAAACAGGAAGGGAACCGGAAGGGCUGUGGUUAUUUCAAAUGGGAGCAUACACUUCUACGAGAAAAACUCACGCUUUCUUCCCCUACCUCCAGUACUGUAGGGCUACCAUCUCCUGGGACAAUUUUGCAUUCACUGGGAAAUGCUGAGAAGAAAUGCAGCCUGGGUCUCCGGCCUUCUAUGCGAACCUAGUCACACACCCAUAGCUGGCAUCACUCACUGGGUGGGCACUUCCAAGUUGGGAGGUUCCCCAGGGCAUUAUUGUCUUCUAGCUUGUUUGACAAAAUAUAUCAUGAAGCUGAUGAUGCAAACUUUCAAGAAUCAAAGGGGCAGGCGCAGGCCAAAGUGGGAUGGACAUUUAACCAUUGCUGACUCUGGAGGGGUUGGACACUGUGGUCAGGAUUAAUUGUUAUGAAGAACAGUUUGUGGGUUUGCCCAUAAAUCCCAAGCUUACAACUGUUUAUUUUUAAGAAUGUGCAGAUUACAUUGACAUCAUUAGAUAACUGAAACCAUACAUGCAUCUUGAGUUUUAAAAAUAAGAACAGUACCACGGGGCUUUGUCCUUUUUCUGCCUUUGGAAGUGAUCUAUAAUACAGCUAUCAUGGUUUUAAUGUCCUUUUUAGUCUUUAUUAAUGGAAUAAAAUAAAAGCAUGGUGCUUUAUAAACUGA